UCAAGGUGGUUGGUGGUGGUGCGCAGUUGUUAUAUUUGUAUUUCAGUAUUGAUUUCGGGUCAUUUUAUAUUUGCUUCUUUGUUUUUGGUCUUCUGCUGUCUGUUUACUUACUUUAACUGAACACUUUCUGCAAACAAACAGCUGAGCUUAGUCCUCAAAUAUCCUCAAAUAUUGGAAAUACGGAAAGCUGGGUUAUUUAGAUGUAGUACAGGCUUAUCUUUAUUACAGUAAUUACAGUAGAGUUUGUUGGUGUGCUUACAGGUCAAGUCACAAGCCAAGCAGUUGUUCAGCUCCUCUACACAACGCCAUUAAUCGCGAUACGAAUCUCUCCUUAUUCAUCUUCUAGUCAGUUAGUGGUCUUGUUUUGUCUUUGCGACACGACAAGGAUAAUUUUUCUUCACAAAACGUUCUUAUUAUUGAGUGAUUAAAUUAACAAUUUCAAAAUGUCGUACGCCUACCUCUUCAAAUACAUCAUCAUUGGAGACACGGGCGUGGGAAAGUCAUGUCUCCUUCUCCAGUUUACAGACAAGCGAUUUCAACCAGUCCAUGAUCUAACUAUUGGUGUAGAAUUUGGUGCUCGAAUGAUCACAAUUGAUUCGAAGCAAAUCAAAUUGCAGAUUUGGGAUACGGCUGGACAAGAAGCUUUUCGUUCGAUUACACGGUCAUAUUAUCGUGGCGCUGCUGGAGCUCUCCUUGUGUAUGAUAUUACUCGACGGGACACAUUCAAUCAUUUGACUACUUGGCUAGAAGAUGCAAGGCAACAUUCCAAUUCAAAUAUGGUUAUUAUGCUCAUUGGCAACAAAAGUGAUCUGGAAUCGCGGAGAGAAGUCAAGCGUGAAGAAGGCGAAACCUUCGCCCGUGAACAUGGACUAAUUUUUAUGGAGACUUCUGCAAAAACUGCAGCCAACGUUGAGGAAGCUUUCAUUGGAACAGCCAAGGAAAUUUACGAGAAAAUUCAGGAAGGUGUAUUUGAUAUCAACAACGAGGCAAACGGAAUAAAAAUUGGUCCACAACAUUCUCCAACAAGUCCGACCAGCCCGUCUGGAGGGUUGGGAGGUAGUCAAGGUAGUGGUUGUUGUUGAAAAUUGGCAGCAUUUUUUUUAGCAAAUUACAACAGUCACCCACUGCCCCUCUGCCCCUAUAUAUCCUCCUACGUUUAUCCAGUCUAUUUCGUCCCCAUAUUGAUGGAUUGCAAAUGAUGCACAAGAAGAAACCGUAUAAUGAAUCCACCCACCCACGACUCUUUUUUAAUCAUCCCUAAUUUGAACUUGAAGUAAUUUAUCUGCUUAUACGUUACACCACUUUGUAUAAUCAUUGUGAAGGUAGUACCCAUCCGUCUUAUUUCGGACAAGAGCAAAAUGCGAAUUUUAUUAAUAUUAUUAUAAUGGAAGAUAUCAAUACUAUCUGUUCUAAAGAAAGGAGAUGAAUUAUACGCCAUUGUAUUAUUUUACGACGCUGCUGCUUAUGUACAUUACACAUUUUAAGAGUCAUUCAUAUUAAUAUUGUGGAUAAGUUAUAUAACAUUAGAAAUAAUUUGUUCUUAUUCUGAGCAUACGUUGAUUGUAAUUAAAAAUUUGAAUUGGUCGCCUUUCAUUCUUCUUCCUACAUACUCUUAUAACAUUAUGAUAUAAUCUAUCUAUUCUAACUAUUUCUAACAGUUUGAGUUUAUAAAACUAUUAAUCGCGACGUGAUAUAGAUACAUAGCUUACAAACCCAAGAAGAGGCUCGAUCGAUGAAACCAUAAAUUAUUGCAUUAGUUAUUAUAUGCUUUGGAAAGUUUCACUUCUGAGUUCUAAAUUUGAUACAUACAAAUAUUAGCUUAUGAAUUAAUACAAAUUGAAAAUUGAACCAAAAAUCUAGAAAGGAAUAAUUUUGACGUGAUCUUCCCAAACUGUAGUGACCAUGUCUUUAAUCUAUGCUGUAAUAAUUGGUAAAAAACGAAUGAGGAGAUGAUGCGAAUGAAUAAAUAAAGUGCUUUGAAUGUAUGACGUACAACUAA